AUGAAGAGCUCUUUCGAGUCAGUGAUGAAAAAUCCCUUCGGAUAUAUAUCCUCCUCCAUGGAGUUUAUGAAGACAUUAUACUUGUUUGGAAAAUCUGAUAUUCCUGCCGCGGUUUUGCCUACUAUGACUAUAGCACUUGUGCUCGCUGGACCAUCCAGUUUACAUCUGAUUGUGAAGGGCUUUCUAUGGAACCAAUUGCACUUGCUUACGUUCCAGGUUAAAAAUCAGAUCGACGGCGUGGAGGAAGACAGAAUGGCAAAACCGCAUCGACCUCUACCAUCGGGGAUGAUAUCACUGGAAAGCGCAACCAUACUCUACUACGUGCUCUUUACGCUCAUGUGGGUUGCAGCCCUGUAUACCAACACGAUCCCGUGUACGCUAACUUAUUCGGUGGCCAUCUUGAUCUACAACGAAGGGGGGCUUGCCGCAGUACCCGUCGUGAAAAAUGUCAUUGGGGCUGUAGGCCUCGCAUGUUACUGUUGGGGAACCACCAUCAUACUCGACCAUGGAAGGGAGGUACACGGUUUGAAGGCAAUCGCUAUGGUCAUGACCGGAGCUAUAUUUGCCACUACGGGCCAUGCGCAAGACUUCCGUGAUCGUUCUGCGGAUGCACUUAUGGGUCGCAAAACAAUCCCAUUGCUGCUCUCUCAACCUAUGGCCCGCUGGUCGCUCGCCGCCUUGAUCGCGGCCUGGACGAUCGGGCUCAUCGCCUUAUGGCAGCCACCAGCUGUAGCCAGUAUCGUGUUUGCGAGUCUCGCUCUACGGUGCUUUGGGGGCUAUCUUUGGAGCUAUGACGAGAAAGACGAUUACACAUCUUACUUUCUGGCUUCUCGCAAGUAA